AUGAUAGGUAGCCAGGCUCAGCUGACCAAGGGAGACGAUGAGCACACCCUGCAGUGGGAGGAGCUGGUGGGAGGCAGAGGCUUUGGGGGCGGGCUCCUCCAGCAUUCCCUGGGGUCAACUGACCCACAGAGCCACAUUAUUAAUAUGUCUGUGCUGUGGCUGCUUCUGGGCCUCCUUGCCCUUCCUGACUCCUCUGACGGUAGCAGUUGGGGAUGCUACGGAGACAUCCAAACCUUUGACACCCCUGGGGCAUCUUGUGGGAUUGGAAGACGUCGAGGCCUGAGCUACUGCGGAGUUCAUGCUUCUGAAAGGCUGGCUGAAAUAGACAAGCCAUACCUAUUGAGAUAUCAACCCAUAAUGCGUACUGUUGGCCGAAAGUACUGCGUGGACCCUGCAGUGAUUGCUGGUGUGUUGUCCAGGGAGUCUCAUGGUGGCAACAUUGUGGUCAACGUGGACAAUGCAGGCGAUGGAAUCAGGGCGCAGGACCCUGGUCCCUAUGCUCCCACAUCCCAGAUCAGCGAGUCCCAGCUUUCACGGAUGACUCACAUCCUCAUUGUUAGAAUCAAAGAAAUCCAGAGGAGGUUUCCAACCUGGACCCCUGACCAGUACCUGAGAGGUGGACUCUGUGCCUACAUUGGUGGUGCGAGCUACGUUAGAAGCCACCAGGACCUGAGCUGUGACUUCUGCAAUGAUGUCCUUGCAAGAGCCAAAUACUUCAAGAGACAUGGCUUCUAACGCUUCAGACCAAACCCAAGAUCGUUAUCACACAGGAGGCCUCAACUGUCACACAGACAACACCAGCCAAUGGGGCUUGUCACUGUGAAUCUGAGUUUGUCCUGAAGGUUGUCAAAAUAACACAAAUCACAUUAAAGGAAGAAUUAUUAUCUA